AAUGAUUGAGAAAGAAGUAUUUCUUUGCAAAUAGAUGAAUUGGUUGAUACUAUCAGAAUAUAUAUCAGAAAGAUAGUGGAACAGUCCAAGAUAAUAACAAUUCUUACACUCGUAGUCAAGAUGUAUCACCAACGUAACGGACAAUAUGUUGUAAAACGUAUACCGAGUGACGUGUUAAUGCGACUACAGUAGUUACGAAACUGUAUACGUCUGCAAACAUGUUUUGCGACGCAAAUGUAAUUUGUAGAACAAUGCAAAGCAGAAACCUAAGCUACAGCAUGUAGGAAGCUAGAUGCAGGAGUGUUUAUUUCGCUGCAUACGUUUGGUGCCUUCUACGUAAACGAUGGGGGGAAAAAUUAUGGCUAGUAAACGUACAAUCAAUCGCACGAUAGAACUGCUGCUCACCAUGUUUGGCGUCUGGCCAGGUAUAUCAUGCGUUAUAAUUUACAGAGUGUUUUGGAUAAUUACACUAGCUAUUAAUGAAUUCUUCCACUAUCGAUAUUUUGUAACUCAUUUAUCUAUCGACAAUCUUUUCGACUUGAUGGACUGUUUAAGUAGCUUCUUGGCGCACGUAAAAUUGACCGUCAAAAUUAUUAUUUUCUCGUUGAAACAGCGAACGUUUAUCGAAAUCAUAAAGUUGAUGUCGGAGGACUGGAGCGAUAGUUCUAACAGUGAUGUUGCAUUGAACAAAACUUCAAGCAAGGCAAAACUAUCGAGUCGAAUCUCUAAUGGGUUAAUUAUUCUUCAUACAAUUGCGGCUCUUGCUUAUGUCGUUGGCAUCCUUCUGGCUGAUGUAGAUGUCACCGAUCAAACGGUCGAUUUACCUCUCAUGAUGAAAAUGGAGUAUCCCUUCGUUAUAGACACUCAACGCGAGUACAGACUGGUUUUAGUUACGCAGUUCAUAUACGUGAUGGUGUGCAGUUGGGGAGCUGGCUUAUUCAACGCUUUGCUUAUAACUCUGACUUUGCAUAUAGGUGGUCAAAUAAAUAUCCUACUCUGCUGGUUGAUGGAAGUUACACCGAAAGAGAUCGAAACAAAGCGUGAAUCAAUCGUCGCCAUCAUCCGAAAACAUCAAAAAAUUAUUACUCUUUCAGAAGUUAUUGAAAAUCUUUAUUCAUACAUCGCUCUGGUGCAGUUUACAUCAAACACCGUGAUGAUUUGCUCAUUAGGGUUUAUCAUUGUAACUGCAAUAGGUAAUCCCGAUGCGUCUGAAAAGAUAAUGAGAUCUCUUCUAUUUUACGCUGUAACCAACAUCGAAGCGUUUAUAUUUUGCUUUGCUGGAGAAUAUCUGAGUAACAAGAGUAAAGCAAUUGGAAAUGCAGCGUACAAUUCUGCAUGGUACGAUAUGAAAAUUACAGAUAGACGAACUUUUCUGUUUGUAAUUUUAAGAUCGCAAAAACAACUGUCGUUUACAGCUGGCAAAAUGAUGACUCUCUCUUUAGAGGGUUUUACAAAUAUCAUGAAAGCCUCGGGAUCGUACUUGUCAGUACUGUUGUACCUGAGGGAAGGAGAGUUGACUCCUAUGCACCCCUCUUCUUGCAUUAAAGUUGCGAGGCGACCACGACAGGUGUAUUCGAGGGAUGCACAAAUUAUGACGCGUGAAAGCACAAUUAAUUGCACGUUAAAAAUAAUGCUCAUCUUGUGCGGUGUAUGGCCAGGUAGACCAUAUAUUACGAUCUGCAGAGCAUAUUGGGUCAUCGCAUUAGGAAUAGAUGAAAUCUGUCAUUUUCGGUAUCUUUUAAUGCACUUCCAGUAUAAUGAUCUUUUCGACUUGAUGGAUUGUUUUAGCAGUUUCCUAACGCAGAUAAAAUUCAUAACUAAGCUGAUUAUAUUUUGGUGGAACGAACAAAAAUUUAUGAAAAUCUUGACGAUGAUGGCAGAAGAUUGGAACGAUUGCACUGGCGAUGAUGUCAGUGCACGUGAAACGGCGUGCAAAGUUAGAUCAGCGAAUCGUAUUAUUAAUGCGAUGUUCACUCUUCACACGGUGACCAUCGUUGCAUAUAGUAUCGGCAUUUUUUUGGCUGACGUUGAUGUUACUGAUCAGCAGUCGGAACUACCUCUUCUGCUAAAAGUGGAGCUUCCUGUGAACAUACACACAAAACAUACAUAUAAGACGCUGUUAACUAUGCAAUUCGUUCAUCUCAUCAUGUCCGGUUGUGGAACUGGUUUACUAAAUUCUCUGCUUUUGGCUUUAAUACUACAUGCCGGUGGCCAAAUAAACAUCCUGCAUUCCUGGUUGAUCGAGCUUGUACCUCGAAAAGAGAAAGAAAGAGAUGAUUCUAUCGUCGUUAUGACGAAUAAAAUCAUUCAAAAGCAUCAAAAGAUCAUCAGCUUUUUGGAAUACAUUGAGGAUUUGUACACGUAUAUCGCGUUAGUGCAAUUUAUAUCAAACACGAUGCUGAUGUGCUCAUUGGGAUUCCUUAUUGUUACUGCGAUUGGCAAUCCCGACGCAACGGAACAAAUAGUAAGAUCCCUUUUAUUUUAUGCUGUAACAAAUCUCGAAGUAUUUAUCUUCUGCUACGCGGGAGAAUAUUUGAAGAACAAGACAACAGCCAUUGGAAUGGCAGCAUAUAAUUCAGCAUGGUACGAAUUAAAACCAAAACACAGUCGUCCAUUGAUAUUCAUAAUAUUAAGAGCGCAGAAGCAGUUGACGAUUACAGUUGGAAAAAUAAUGAAUCUCUCUUUAGAAUGUUUUGCAAGUAUCAUGAAAGCUUCGGGAUCGUAUUUGUCGAUAUUGUUGGCGAUGCAAUGAACAUCAUACAUUUGAAGAUGCAAUAGCCAUGAAGCCAUGUACCGAAUGCGAUCUGUAAAUAUAUCUUCACUAGUGAUAGAAUAAUAGCGCAACAUAUUUUUUAUGAUUAUAUUCUGUAACGAUAAUAACUUGUACAAAAAUAUACAAAACUAAACUGUUG